GAAAAUCCCAAGUCCUUUCAAAAUUCCCACCCAGGUCAAAAUAUUCACUCACCUAUCUCAAUCUCGCCGAAAUCUCCUUCUAAUUCCAACAUCAGCAAACAUGAGUUGGAUGGAUUCGUGGUCGCGCCCCUCAAAACAUUCCGCUGUUCCUCCUCCUCUCUAUCUAACGGCAGGAGAAAGUGUUCCUUACUGUCUAACAUGUGGCCGAGUUAUGAGCACCAAAAAGGCCAGCAAAAAAACCAACAAUGAGGUCAAAUACUGUUCAGAUAGGUGUCGUAGCCGAAAGCCUGGGAAACUAGAUAAAAAGAUCGAGCAAGCCAUUGUUGCACUGUUGGACCAGGAGAAAGAUUCGGGUUUAGAAAAGACUGGUGCAAAGGAUCGUUUUGUGAAAGGAGACCAUCGGAUUGUUGUUACCUGUGAUGAAAUCGAAGAGAUUGUGUUUGGAAGUCGAUUUGAUCCCGAAAAGGUUUAUGGGAGAAGGAAAAAUCGUAAAAGCCGAGCAAUUGGCGGAUCGAACGCUGAUGCAGAAUGGAAAACUGUUGAUAUGGAAAGUAGUGAGGACUCCGCUAGCGAUGAUGCACCUCAUGAGCCUGUGAAUACAAUGAACGGGCCAAUCAUACGCCCACCACAGGCUGAAUCGGAUGUUAAUUUCAGCGUUGGGGGCGAAAGGGGGAAAGCUGAGAGAACGGAGGAGUCCGCUGCGGACUUACAGAAGAAAGUUGAUGGCCAAAAACAAGCGGAAGAAAGAGAGAUGGUUCGGAGGGCAGCUAGGAGGGCUGUUGUUUUUGGGUUUAUCGUUGAGCAGCCUCCUGAAACAAAUUCAUCUCAAGCCUUUAAGGGCUCAAAGCACAAAAGGACGACAAGCUGGGAGGAGAAUGUUGUAAAAGAGCCCAUCAGGCGCAAAUGCGAGGCUUUGAUGCAAGGCUCAGUAGUUGAGCCAAGCUAUGCAAAGGGGAAUUGGUCUAUAAGAUGGCGGGAGUAGCUAGCUAUCCCUACUCACCGUUACUUGGAUGCAUUGAUGUAAGCACUCGCAUGGAAGAGAGUAAACAGAACUCGAACAAUUGCAGGUUCAAAUUUUAUUUGAUCAUGGGGAAGCACAUAUUGGGGAGCAGCCAGCGAGUUUCGAAUGGUCACUACAACUUGAACUUUUUGUCUUCAAAAUUAUCGAGAAAAGAGGAAGCAGAUAUUCAGAUUCUGAAUGGAAAACCCCGGUUGUCAAAGGUAUCGAGACUCAAAAUAAAACAGUGUUGAAGCUUGAUCAUAC